AUGGCAACAACGGCGGCGGCAGUCGCGGUCGCAGGAGCUUCUCUCGUCGGCUCUGCAGCGGGAACGUUGUUUUCGUAUAAUAAAGCCGUAUUUAUAUUAGACCAGACCCUGAGGCAAUGGGCUGUUCAUCAAGUGCAGGACAUGAGGAUCGCGCAGAUCGGACUUUAUCGCGAGGAUUUGCGAGAUCUCUUUGGCCUGACUAUCUCGAGGAUGGACACAUAUAUGACAGUGAAUUCAGUGGGACUCGCCGUUGCUGUGCAUUCAAUAUACUGUGGUAUGAUACCACCUGAUAUUCCUCAACCGAGAGCAGUCCCUUCAUGGCUGUGGUUCAUUUGGAUCCUCAAUUUAUCAGCAAGCACUGUCCUCCUUCUACUAUCCGUUUCCUUUUCCCUCCACGCCUCCAUCGUUGCCCAGUCUCUCGAAGUCAAACUCCUUACUCGAUGGCUAAGGCUGCCUCUCCCUACAAUGUCUGAUAUUGACAAUGCGGCCGACACAUUUGAAAGGUUUGAAUGCAACCCCGUGAGAUCAAUCUUACGAGUACCCCUGGUACAGCGGCUCUCUCAUCGGUGGCAAGCUAAGGCUGGAUCGACUCGGAAGGACGCAAGGGACGUUGGCAAGAACGGUAUGAUGGAUCAUGCUGAAGAUGAGAAGUAA